AUGCUCCAGCGCCUCCGAUUCUGCUUCUCACGCCCUGUUGCAGAUGCAGAGCCGCCUCCGCCACCACCCCCGCCGCCACUAAUUCAUAUCCCCGACGAACUCAUCUUGGAAAUCUUGCUAUGGCUUCCGGUGAAAUCCCUUGUGCGGUUCACGUGCGUAUGCAAGUCAUGGAAGUUCAUCAUCUCCGAUCCUCAAUUCGUGAAACUGCACCUUGAUCGUUCUUCAGAUUACAGCAGCGCAGACCUCACACACAUCAAAUUAUUGUCUGCGUCCAAGAUCACCUUAUACGAUGGACCCUACUACCGAAUAGAACCACAUGUCUCGGUAUACUCUCUUCCUUUGUUAUUCUCAUCCCAAAAGGGAGAUUUCUACAAAAUAAAUAUUGACUACCAGUUGGUUGGAGUCUGCAACGGCUUGGUCUCUUUUAUCAAAUGGAAUUAUUUUUACUCUGAAAAUAUAUCAUCAAGUUCUUGUUGGGUCCGUUUUUGGAACCCAGCUACACGGUUAUGGUCUAAAAUGUCACCACCUUUGUCUUUGUUACGAAUACCUUGGCAUGAAAAUUUUGGGUUUGGAUAUGAUUCUUUGAAUGACAGUUAUAAGAUGGUGGUCAUUCUUGACGUUCGAGAUUCUCUUCAAGAUCCUAAGCAUAAUGUGGUGAAUGUUUAUGAUAUGGGUGGUAGUUAUUGGAGAAGUAUUCGAUCUUCCCCGGAUCUCCCGACCAGCCUUUGGCCAAUGCCAACUAGAAAUGGAGUUUACCUAAGUAGCACACUCAAUUGGUUGGUAUUAGUCAAUACGGAUACCUUGAUUAUUUUUUCCCUUAAUUUGGUGAGGGAAGAAUAUUCACAUUUGUCACUGCCUCCUCCUUCUCAACAUGUUGAAGAUCUCCGUCCUCCACCAAUUCUUGAGGCUCUUAAGGACUCAUUGUGUAUUUUGCAAAGUGAUGGCAAGGAGGGGUUUGUGGUUUGGCAAAUGAAGGAGUUUGGAGAUCAAGAGUCUUGGAUUAAAUUAUUCAACUUCUGUUUUGAAGAAGAUCUCAUCCAUAUGGUUCCUUCAUUUAGUCCUAUUCAGUUCAUCUUGUCAAAGAAUAAUGAGAUCUUAUUGAUAUCACCCCACGAACUAGUUCUAUAUAAACACAUAGACAAAACGUUCAAAUUUACUAGUAGAGUUCCUCAACAUCAGUCCAGUUAUCCUUGUAUUUUCCAUAAUUACGUUGAAAGUUUGGUUUCACCAUUGUAG